GUAUUCAAAAAGGUUCAGAAUGUUCAUCGAUUGCAAAGUUGCUGUUGACUUCCGUUGAUUUCCAAGAUGUGAAUAAACAAGCUGCAAGUGUAAAAAAGGUAUUUGAUAAUUAUUUUGGUUGAAAUAAUUUCUUUUAGAACUUACGUAAUUUUGGAUAGGAAAGCAAAAAUCUUAUGAAACAAUUUGUUGAACAUGUCUUAUAUUUUGGUUUCUGAAUUUAUGAGAAGUAACUCAUUUCCAGCAUUCUUUAGUUAUAUUUAAUCCCAAUGCAUGCGUGCAUGUAUUUCAAAUAAAACAGCAAUUGCAUGCCGAAGAAAAUUUAAAAUCUCAAACGAGGUUGAAUUUGCAUUUUCGGACUUUUUGACCACUGCUGUAACCAUUAAAUUAUCCAACAGAAUAUAUUAGUUAUAGAGUUUUUCCAACUUAGGUGCAUGAGAAUUAUUUUGUAAUAGUAAAUAGACCAUUUUAAUAAAACACAAAACAAUAGACACUUUUUAUAACACAAGAAGCAGAAUCGAAACCACAAUCUCACAUGUGAAAGGCGCUUGCCAACAAAGCCCCAUAUGUUUCGCGCUUUUAUAAUGUGACGACACUGAAGCCCCAUAUAUUUUGCGCCUGAAUUUAAUCAUUUAAAAAUGCACUGUACCCCUGAGGAUGAGUCUGUACCCCUGAGGAUGAGUCUGUACCCCUGAGGAUGAGUCUGUACCCCUGAGGAUGAGUCUGUACCCCUGAGGAUGAGUCUGUACCCCUGAGGACGAGUCUUUACCCCCUGAGGACGAGUCUGUACCCCUGAGGACGAGUCUGUGCUCCUGAGGACGAGUCUGUACCCCCUGAGGACGAGUCUGUACCCAUAAAACGUAUCUUUUAUUUGCAUGUAAUGUUUCCUAAAGUCUUAAUGUCGUUUGAAGGCUAUUGAUGAAUGGAAGAAACUAUUACCAGACAAUAUAAAUCCUGCCGCAAUGGGGAUAUUUAUUAAAGUGUUAUGCUAUAUCUUCAUUGAUUGUGAUGCCAAAAAUCCCUGUAGAAGAACUAUUGUAAGGUAAAUACAUUUUCCUGUAGUAGUAAAAGUUGUUGGAAGCUACAUGUAGGUGUUUUCAUUAAAUACCUUGUCCAGCCACCGUGCUUACCUCUUUUAGACGGACGUCCAAAAGUGUACACCAAAAUUUGUUUAAUGGCAUUUUGUGUUAAAACCUGCCAACUGGGAUUUUUUUAGAGUAUAUGCAUUUAAUUUAUGAAUAAGGAUUUAGACUAUAAACGUUGGCAACUCUGAUUUUGGCUUUAUAGCGAAAAUUGGAGAAGAAUGUUGACAACAGUAAAAAAGUUCGUUUUUAACAAGUCUAUUUGCGAGGAAGAUAAUUUUGUUGGUUAUAAUUUACACAGGAAUUCCUGUAGUUUUGAUUAGGAGGUGAAUAAAACAUGCCAUUUCGGUUUAUGGUGUAUUUCAACUGCACUGCGUCUAUAUUUGAAAGGUUGAACUCUUCUUCCAAUUGGAAUUUGAGGUUGUAAAUUUUUCCAUGUUGCAAAGGGUACAGGUAUUUGCGAGCUAUCUUACAGCCCGGUCAAACCAGGAUGCGAGUUAAUGAUCUGUUGCUCACAUUUGACCCACAACUUUCAUCGACCCUUAUAAAUUCUCAUCAUCUUUAAUCAAGCUAGUUCGUAUUUGGAGGAGAGUUUUCGUUCGGUAGUAUCCAGCCAGCCCUCCUCAACUCCCCUGAAACUCUUGUCCUCGUUUGACUGGGACAUGAGAAUUGAGAAAACUCUUGUACAAAUUUUCAUCAACUGUCAUCCUCGUUUUCCAUCGAUGUUACGAUUUUAGUCCUGAACUUUUCUUUGGUGGAAAAAUUCACUAAAAUGAACGAAAAUCGAGGAACAAUUGGUAUAUUAAGGGUAGAUCCCAGGCUCUGGUACAUUUACAUGGCGGCCAGGUUACCAAGUCUGGAUUUAACCGCACGUUGUCUCCAGUUCUCAUCACACCUCAGUUAAUUAAGAGAUCAUGUGAUCGGCUAAAAUGUGUUCAUUGAUGGAUUUUACGUCAGACUGUAUAUUGCCUACUAGUUUCUUUCAAAGUCUAAAUGGUUGUGCUCAAGAACAAGCCUUGGAACACCUUAACAAAGCUAUGGUUGACGUACUGGUGAAUAUAACUGCAAUACAUGAAAAUACUAAAAAGGUGAGUUAACAUAAUUAUCCUCUAUAUUUCGCUCGGUUAGAUUUCUUUUCAUAACACCACCGUAAUGCAAUGAAUUGUCUUUCCAGCUUAAUUAUGUUAGAGGUUAUGUUCUCGUCAGCGUUCGUAUGUGUUAUGUGCAUGUGUUUGUGUUCGUGUUCGUGUUUGUGUUCGUGUUUGUCUAUCAGCACAAUUUGAUGCCUAUACGCCUAAAGGCUGCUAAAAGCCCAAUUUUUCGAUUUUACUGAGAAAAACGUUAACUUUCACCCGGUCUAAUUCCUUAGGGGCGCUAAAACAUUUUGAGUUAUUUAGUCUAAAGUAUUUCAAAAUUUCCGGACGCAUUGCCGAAUCGAGGUCGUUUACGUUGUAAAAUGAAAUUCACAAUGUUUCCCGGACUAAUUCGAUUAAUUUGUUCACAUGCUUUAUAUUGUAUUUCUGAGCGAGAUGGCGUCAAGUUUGAAGUAGAGUACGGCAAAACAUUGUGAAUUUCAUCUUACAUGCAGGACAAAGUAUUAAACAACCUCGCAUUCUCUUUGGUAUAGAAGAAGUUUUACCUUAACGACAAUAAGGUUCGCCCCAACUAACGUCAAAUUUCAUCCAAUAAACAGCAAGUUUGAAACAAUGAACAAAUGUUGAAUUUAUGCACGCCUCAAGGUCAAAUGCAACAUAGCAAUCGUAGAAUAAUUGCAACGCUUUAAUAUACAUGCAUGGUUAUUUCGUUAUAUUAACUACAAACUCGGUUUAUAUACGGAGAAAAAUAAACUAAAGUUACUAAAACCGUUCUCAAAAAACAAAAAGAAGAAUCACAUCAGUGAAGGUCAAUCCUAUUGUUGAAUCACUGCAUUUAAAAUGCAGAGCAAUCAAUAAAUGUCCCAGACACUGAAAGUUUUAUUGCUUUUUUUCUUUAUAGAAUGCUGAAGAUGUAAAUUUCAGGAAGCAUGUAGACACUGUUUGCUCUUUACUGGAAAAUUUUCCAAUAGGUGAAUAUCAUGCAUAGAUAUUUUAUAUACUAGAUAGUGCAUCUAAUUCUGCAAUUCAAAAAUUGAAGCCGUGAUUGCAGACUCAGGAUAUUCCCACGAAAUGAGAAGACUCGUAUAUGUUUUCUAUUUCUUAAACAGGUAACUUAAACAUUAAGUUAAACCUAUUCCAAAUACAUUUUCAAACUAUUCAAAUGAUGAAAGUUAUUGUUGUUUUUUAAGCGUUUAUGAGCGAGUGGGAAACUUCAACAUGGCCGCCAUCUAUUCAAAUGGGGGUAACCGCUGGAAUAUUCUUGGCUUCAAUUGUACUAAAAGAGAUGCGCUAUCUAUAGUUUAUAUAAGAUAUCUAUGCAUGGUGAAUAUGCAUAAUACGGUAUAUACAGUUGUUCAUGCCUGGAUAGGCUAGAACGGGAUAGGCUUAGAACGAAACCAGUUAUUAAAACAAUGCUGCAUAGAAAAUGUCCCGCAGCACCGCUGCCAGACAUUUUGAACAAAAUAUCUUCGCAGGAAGUUUUCUUACAUCUUGUCAUCUUAUAUACUGGAAUGCCAUGUAAUUUACCUUUUGUUUAUAUACACAAGAAAUUUCUAUUUUUCGAUUUUGCGCCCAGGAUGUGAAUGAUGUAUAAAACCAAGCAGAAAUCAUUGAAAGUUGAUUAAACUGGACAGAUUAUAUCUCCCUCUCACUCCCUUCCGUUGCUGCCUCGUGUUAUUCACUAUAGUUGAAAGUGUAGUCGAUGACGAAGGCUUUGUUUUGCGUCUGUGGUAUUCUUUGUCAAAUGUGCCGUAUUUGCUAUCAAGUAAAAUAUUGUGCGUGGCCUUUCACGAUAAUGGAGCCUCAUAAAUAAUCAGUGUGAGCACAACGGCUCCGUUUCAAUUUGAGCUAAUAUUUUGAGUGCGUGGCAUUUCACGAUAAUUGAGCCUGAUAAAUCAUCAGUGCGAGCACAACGGCUCCGAAAUCACAGCAAAUAACAGAAUAACAAUGUAAAUUAAAAACAGCAAAGCUUUUAGAAUACUUAUACCUCGAUCUAUUUUUAAGCUAUAUACAAUAGUUGCAUACCAUAUAUGCAUAGCAUGCAACAAAAAACAGUUAACUACAUACGUGUUCUGUUCGAAUCGGGCAAACGAAGAUUGCACGCGCGAGUCACAAGGAUGAUUUUUGAUCUAUAUAAAUAUUUUUAUCUAUAGUGUAACUGUAGGGAGCCACCUUAAUUGCACGGUUGUGGCACUCUAGUUUAUAACGACUUUUGAUUUAUCGUUCCAAUAAAAUCACUUUAAUCAGAAGACAAAUUUUCAGUCAAGUAAACUUCGUUUACCUACAGUAUAUACAAUUUAACGAAGAACAAACUUGAUAAAUUAAAACUGUUACUAUUUUUAGGAGAGAAAUGUGUGUCGCUGAGGGUGAGUCAUGGUGAGUUUAUAUCUGUUGUAUUAAGAUUUUACAAGAUUUGACCACGGUUUUAUGAGAUCCUGGCAAGGUUUUGCAAGGUCUUACCAAAAUUUUGCAAAAGCUUGGCAAAGGUCGUGUCUCGAUAAAUCCAGUAAUAUCAUGCCAAUAGCUAUCAACGGUGCAUGGGAAUAUUAUCUGAAAAUUUCACAAAAAGAAUGCGCCCGCAAUAAUUUUUCACCCGUUGCACCUAACAAAAUCGUGUUAAGGUCUUGUUGUCUAGAUCUUGCGGGGAUCUUGACAAAAUUAUGAAUACUAGGUUUAGUAGAAAGCAUAGUACAGUACCUUGGCAUUAUAUGCUGGUUCUAUAGUAAGAAAAUGCAUUAGUCUUAGGUUUAUAGACAUAAACAAAGACAUGCUAAGUCAACAAAUAAAUAAAAACAUGCCUCUAUAACAUUUAUCACUUAUUUACUGAGACCGAGGGAAACAGUGUGUUUUGUGGACCCGAGACCGUCGAUGUUUCCCGAGGCGAAGCCGAGGGAAACAUCGACGGUCGAGGGUUUACAAAACACACUGCUUUCCCGAGGUCUCAGUAAAUAAGUGUUUUAUUAUAUAUCAAUAGUCAAAGAAACAACAAAUUAAAGAACAAAUGAACAUAAAUACAUGAAAUAUUUUAUUGUUAAAACGUGAUGUUAAACACUGGCUACACUGCAGUUACUCAAAGCGAAAGUUUUAAUUACGUACUAGGCAUGUCCAAAGGUCGCAUCUUCACGUGAUGGCGCACGUGAUUUUUUUUGUUAUUCGCCGGUGGAUAACGUAUUAUCUCCCUCUCGCGCUGUUGCGAGGGAGACAGCCUAAUUUCGUCACUCUCACGUGAUAUGCUCUCAACCAAUAAAACACUAGAAAAAUGCGACUUUGACUAUUGAUAUAUAAUAAUGUUGUUUAUUUAAUUAUUUUUGGAUUUUUUUCUAUUUUUGGUGUUAUGCACUCCAUGAAGGUAUAGCACGAUCAAGCAAACUUUCAACAUGGCGGUACUUAGAGACAACAUCACAAACAUACUCUUGGCCAUGUGCAUUCCAAUAAUUUGUUUAUCAAUCGUUAUCUUUAGUGUUGAAAUUCUUGAUUAUGGCACUGGAAUAUCAAGUUGAUAGGGAGAGGUUAGUUACAGAUUUUCAUUUCACGUGUUUACUACAUCGAUUUUUAUGUAACGCGGAGUCAGAUAUUAAAUAGAGUGUUCACAGGUGGGCAAAUAGCGAAGCGCUUGGGGAAACAUCAAUAUUUUCAGAUGUUUUCGCAUUCCUUGUUUUGCCCAGUUAUUUGCCUUGAUCCUUGUUAUUUUGUAGAACCUCAACGACACAUUGUUUAAUAUUUUAUGUAAAUGUUUAAGUCUUGUAGGAACUCCUGCAUUACAAACUGCUGCCAUGUUGGAUUGUCUUGUUACAAUCAAAGCUACGAUGAAUGUCCUGCAGAAAUGCAAGAAUGAGAUGACAGAUUUAUUGGGUGAAGAUGAUAUAAUAACAUCAUUGCUUCAGCGAUUUGUCAAAGUUAUUGUCAAUGUUCUUAAAAAUGGUAAGAUUGAAUGUUUCUCAUGACACAUCAAUAUUUUCUAAACUGUAGAUUAAUAUUUUGUCAUAAUAUUUUAGAGUCGACUGAUAAUAUUGUAAGGAUCUCAGCACUGUGUCGGUAUUAG